CCUUCGCAGGCAGGCAGGCAGCGGCCGCGGCGAUGGCGGACAGCGCCAGCGAGAGCGACACAGACGGCGCGGGGGGCAGCGGCGUGGCGCCGGCGGGCUGUGCGGCGGGCCCCGGCGCGGGGGGCGGCAAGGCGGGCGGCAUCGUGAUCUCGCCGUUCCGGCUGGAGGAGCUGACGAACCGGCUGGCCUCGCUGCAGCAGGAGAACAAGGUGCUGAAGAUCGAGCUGGAGACCUACAAGCUGAAGUGCAAAGCGCUGCAGGAGGAGAACCGCGACCUGCGCAAGGCCAGCGUCACCAUCCAAGCAAGGGCAGAACAGGAAGAGGAGUUCAUCAGUAAUACUCUAUUUAAGAAGAUUCAAGCUUUGCAGAAGGAGAAAGAGACACUUGCAGUAAACUAUGAAAAGGAAGAAGAAUUUCUCACUAAUGAACUCUCAAGGAAACUGAUGCAGCUACAGCAUGAGAAGGCUGAACUGGAGCAGCAUUUAGAGCAGGAACAGGAGUUUCAAGUGAACAAGCUGAUGAAGAAAAUUAAAAAACUGGAAAACGAUACUAUUUCUAAGCAGCUGACUUUGGAGCAGCUAAGACGAGAGAAGAUUGACCUUGAAAAUACAUUGGAACAAGAACAAGAAGCACUAGUGAAUCGUCUCUGGAAGAGGAUGGAUAAACUUGAAGCAGAGAAACGAAUUUUGCAGGAGAAGUUAGACCAACCAGUUUCUGCUCCACCAUCACCCCGAGACAUAUCAAUGGAAAUAGAUUCCCCAGAAAAUAUGAUGCGACAUAUCAGAUUUUUAAAGAAUGAAGUAGAGAGGUUAAAGAAACAACUAAGAGCUGCACAGUUACAACAUUCAGAGAAGAUGGCGCAAUAUUUAGAGGAGGAACGUCAUAUGAGAGAAGAGAAUUUAAGGCUCCAAAGAAAACUGCAGAGGGAGAUGGAGCGAAGGGAAGCUUUAUGCAGACAACUGUCAGAAAGCGAAUCCAGCUUAGAAAUGGAUGACGAAAGAUAUUUUAAUGAGAUGUCUGCACAAGGAUUAAGACCUCGCACUGUGUCCAGUCCAAUCCCGUAUACACCUUCACCAAGUUCUAGCAGACCUAUAUCACCUGGUCUGUCAUAUGCAAGUCACACAGUUGGUUUUACACCACCAACUUCACUGACUAGAGCCGGAAUGUCUUAUUACAACUCCCCAGGCCUUCAUGUGCAACAUAUGGGACCGUCCCAUGGAAUUACAAGGCCUUCACCACGAAGAAGUAACAGCCCUGACAAAUUUAAACGUCCCACUCCUCCUCCUUCUCCAAACACGCAGACCCCAGUCCAGCCACCUCCUCCACCUCCACCACCACCUGUGCAGCCUACAGUCCAAUCAACAGCAUCGCAGUCAGCCACUUUUCAGCAUUCAGUGCAUCCCUCCUCUCAGCCUUAGUGCAUGUGCUCAGCAGCCUGUAUUCAGAGUUGGACUCAUAACAUGGAGCAGUUUACUAAAAGCCAAAGGCUUACCUGGCAUAUUUGGAUUUGACUUACUUGCACUGAGGUUAUAUAGGCUUCACUGUUAAUUGUGUUGUAAACUUUUGUCUAAAAAUGCAGCCAGUGUUGUGGGUCUACAACACUAACUUAACAAAAUUUUCCAUCAGUGUUUACUUGAACUACAUGUAUGUCCAUUCUCUGGCUGGAACAUUUGCUACUCUCUUUGGUAACACGGCAUUAUGUCGUUUUGCUUGGCUCCAAAGCUUCAUUUUCCUGGCUUUUAGGUUUGUAAAAUUAAAGGGAUAUCUUUUUAUAUUCUUUUCAUGACAAUUUGCAUAAAAUUACAGGCAUGAUGGGCUAUAUUAUAAAUUCCUAAAUAUUAACAGUGUUUACCAAGCAUACGGUAAAUCAGCACUACAUUUCAGUAAUCUGAAGAUACAGCUUUUAGUGCAAAAGUGAAAGUCAGACACGUUAAUCAGUGCCCAAGACUAUACUCUUAUUGUAUCACCUAAUAAAUACGCUUAAUACAGGUUCAGUUUUCAGCACACAUGACACAUUCAUAGUUUUUCCUGUUUUAAAAAAAAAAAAAAACCAAAACCUCAAAUGUAUGGUGCGGUCUGAAGUUAAAUGUGGGGAAUCUAACUUGUCAAAGUAUAUGGAAUGUACAAGUCAUGACCUUAAAAUUUGAUUGUCUGAUUUAUCAUUUAUGUUAACUUGUAAGCUGUCCAUACUGUGUGUUCUGUCACAAUGAACUUCUAUAAGUGUGGCCCUGCAACAAGUUACUGGUGGCUGAUUUAAGUGUGCUCUUUGAUUUCUGCUGCAGAAGGCAAUGUGAUUGUAGAGAACAGCUGAUUUUUUUUCUUGUUGAAAUAUAUUAAUUGUGAUUUCCCCUAAAACAAAGUUUGAACAACUAUUUUAAAUGUUCAAAAGACUAUUAGAGAAUAUGGUAUAAGAUGAAUAUUAUAGGAAUAUAUUGGCAUAACAGCCAAAAAUGUUGUAUUGCUUGGUAGAAACAGAACAGAGUACAGAGAAAGUAGCACAACAUGGCACUAAUGAAUGCUUAUUUAGCAGCCUAAGCCGGUACAAUGUAUAAAGAAGUGUAUUCUGAAUACAUUCUUUCCAUUCAUUUAGCACAAAUAAAUUGUUUGGUUUCACUUUG